GUUGGUCGCUAAUGCAUAUUCAUUAUCAAUCCACAAGGGCAAACAUUUAAGUAGAAACACAGAAACAUUUCACGUUAAACAAAAUGAAUGCUUGCAAAAUUUUAGCACGAUGCCGAGGACUGACAAGAAACUCAACUUUGGUAACUCGGAAUCUUGUAUCUCGAUCAAAUACGAACCAAAUUGUACAACGUAGACUUCUUAUGACCAGUUUAGAAACUGGAGGAGUUGUUCCAGCAAAGCCAUUAAAAAGGAUUGGGCUUAACAUGAAGGUGCCAGCUUUUGGUAUGUUCUGUUUAACAAUGUUUGGGACUGCUGCAGUGUUCAAGUAUGAUGAAAAGAUUGCAAACACUUUGGGUGUUGAUUGGAAUAUGAGCUUGGUUGCAUGCACUCUACAAACUAUUGUGGGCUACCUCUUGUUAACAGUUACUUUCAGUGCAACAUUGCCAAUUUAAAAAUUAUCUCAAGAGUUCCAUUAAAAUUGCGGGUUGAAAUAGGAAAAUGUUUUGAAAUUCUGAUUAGUUCCUUUAAUAAAAUGUAUUAUUGUUAAA